UUUGUUCAGUCAAAUUCUUGCCACCAACGUCGCCACUGUAAUCGCCACCAUCGCCGCCGGUUUUGAAUACGAUCAAAUUCUUUCAUUUUCUGUCGACGCGUUACAUAUGUUUCUUUAGGAACGUUUUUAAAUUUAGACGAAUUAAUGACAAACAGGUAAAUCUACAAACGCGAAUAGCAGACAAAGAGGGAGAGAAAGAGCGAGUGAGUGAGAGAGAGAGAGAGAGAGAGAGAGAGGAAGAGAGAGAGAGAGUACGAACAGAUCGCAAAGCAGCUGAUACAUAAAGAUGGCCGGGCUGGAUACAAACAAAUAGCAGCUAGCGUAUACUGUUUUCUACAUGAACGACACCAUUCAAUGAAAACUCUCGACCCUUCGUUCUCCCAUAGGUAGAAAUUAGAAGUGAAGAAAGAAAGAGAAAGAAUAUGAAAAAGGGUGAAGUGGAGGGGGGUAGUGUGAGUGAGAAAGAGAGAGAGAGAGAGAGAGAGAGAGAGAGAGAGAGAGAAAGAGAGAGAAAGAAAGAGAGAAAGGGACGGAGAGUAACACCUGUCCUGACCUGGUCAAUCAGAUUUUUUCGUUCCUUACCGUGGUAACGCGUUAACGAAACGUUACGAGAAAAAUAUAUUGUUUGCUUUCACAAUCAUCAAAAAUUAAAAUCAGAAAUAUUUUUUAUAGAUCGUAGGAUGCAUUAAUCGUGCAUUAAUUUGUAUAUAAAAUUUUUAUAAGACUCUUAUUCAAUGAUACUGUAUCCUAAAAGGAAAUCAAUGUACAAGCGGAAACCUAUGAAAGAAUAUUAAUGUUUUUUAACAGACGUCAUGUCUGUAUUAAAUGAGUUCUUUGAAGCUUUUUGUGUGAACUAUAGAUGUUUAAAUUAAUUAAUAAUGUGGUAAUAAUAGUCUGAUUUAAUAUGAAGAAAUAACAACCCAUAAUGUGCCAGUGUUGUAAAAAGCACUAUUAGAAGGCACAAAUGUUAGAGGGUGGUUAUAUUAGUGUCAUUUUUUGAAACAUGGCUUAUAAUCCACAUAAUGUGAAAUAUCCAUCUGAAAUACACGACCAUCCGCAACCAAAUAUGACAGGAUAUACUUAUCCUACACAUCCGCCACAGCAUGUGCAACAAACGGAUGAAAAUAGAAAUGAAAAUAAUUGUGGAAAUAAGGAGACGUGUCCUCAAAUUUCGCAUCAAUCUUCAAGCACACAAACAAUUCAAAAAGUAGAUGCGGCUACAAUGACAGAUCCUUUGCAAAUAGAUUUCAGACUUACUUCUGAAUAUUUAGCACGUUGUUCCAGUACAUUAGGUUUACCAUAUGUAACAAAAUACGAGGAUAAUAGCAAUAAUUCUUCACACAAUUGUCAAGAAGUUCGGCCAAAGCUUGAAUUUGAAGUAGAACCACAGCACAUCAAUGGUAUGCUGGUGUAUCAUUGUCCAGAAUGCGCAUAUAGAUUUGAAGAUCGUGAAACAUUGCAUGAACAUCUGGAGGAUCACCGGCAGCGGCCUCAUAUCUGUGAUAUCUGUGGUGCAAGCUUGAAGCGAAAAGAACAUCUUGAUCGACAUAAACAAGGCCAUAAUAAAGACAGACCUUAUCAAUGCAAUAUGUGCUGUAAAGCGUUUAAACGUAACGAGCAUCUUGCACGCCACAUGAUUAUACAUUCGGGAAGCAAAAAUCAAAUUUGCACAGAGUGUGGUAAAGCCUUCUACAGAAAAGACCAUUUGAAAAAGCAUUUACAGAGUCAUAACAGUAGUAGAAAUAAAAUUUUAAAUAGCUCACAAAAUAACCAAAAUGGUCAAAGUACUAACGAAGAAGGACUGAGUAGUUUUGCCAUGAUGAUGAGGCAAGCUGGGCCACCUCCGUUUUCCAUUUUGCGUACUUAGCUGUAAAAUCUACGCAUGUUUUUACGUGAAUUAUGAGCAGAAAUCUUUUUUGUAAUUUAGGAAAACGAAUUUUUCAGGGUUGAACUUCAUUAGAAUUUUAAUAAAAUAUUAUAAAUUGUGAUUAAUAUUGCAAAAGAUUGCAAUCACGAUUUAUCGAACAGUUCUACGUUAUUGCCUCUUAACGUAUACCAAUAUGAGCAAAUGAAACAUUUUCAAUAACCUUUAUUUUUUUGAUAAUAAGUUUCAACCGUUUGUGCUAUCUAAAAAUUUUCUAAAUCGAUAAACGUUGAUAUGUUUGAUUAUAAAUAUUAAUUUGCUUGCAAUCAGACUGAUUUCAAAAUCAGUCGUCUAAGUCAAAUUAACGUAAUUAAAAUUAUUCUGCUUCUGCUAAAUAUUAUGGAAAGCAGUGACUGUUAUUUAUCAUUAAAAGUAUGUUUUCGUUACUGUUUAAAUGAAUAAUGUGCUAAAUGUUGUUAGCUAAGAGUUACUAUGACAAAGGUUAUUAUACCUCUAUCCUUCUUAUAAUAAAUAAGACGAACAUUUAUAAACCUUUUGAGAAACUGAGUAAAAUUCGAUAUUAAUAUUUUAUGACAUUUUGCCUACAAGCGUGUCUGUUAUUAUGUGCAUAUGUUG